CUAGAGAUUCCCUGGCAGCAGCAGCGGCGGCGGCGGCGGCUGCGGAGGAGUGGUGGCUCUGAUUUAAUCACCAAAAAACGGGCGAAAUUUUAAUCACUACUCCUUAUACUCACUAGAAGCGGGUUAUUUUAGCUGUCUGUGGUUUGUGGUAGUAAUUAAUUGGGGUAUUUAGCCGCUGUGGAGUAAUAAAAUCCGUGUGUUUGCUGAAGAGGCGGCGUGUUUGUCGUCGUUAGCGCGCAGCUAAGCUAACUAACCCAGCUGAGUGUGAGCUAAUCUCCGGGCGGAUCUACUUUCUUGCUCACAGUAGGAGAACCCGGGAGAAAACACGCCAAAAUGACCGAAUCCGAUAAACUAAACAUCGAUUCCAUCAUCCAGCGCCUUCUAGAAGUCAAAGGCUCCAGACCAGGCAAAAAUGUCCAGCUAACAGAGGGAGAGAUCCGAGGUCUGUGCCUGAAAUCCCGGGAGAUCUUCCUCAGCCAGCCCAUCUUGCUUGAACUGGAAGCUCCACUAAAGAUUUGUGGUGAUGUGCACGGUCAAUACUAUGACCUCUUGAGGCUAUUCGAAUACGGUGGCUACCCACCGGAAAGCAACUACCUGUUCCUGGGAGACUAUGUGGACCGAGGCAAGCAGUCUUUGGAGACAAUUUGCUUACUGUUGGCCUACAAGAUCAAAUAUCCAGAGAACUUCUUUCUUCUCAGAGGAAACCAUGAGUGUGCCUCCAUCAACAGGAUAUAUGGCUUUUAUGAUGAAUGCAAAAGGCGGUAUAACAUCAAGCUCUGGAAGACCUUUACAGAUUGUUUCAAUUGCUUACCGGUAGCAGCCAUCGUAGACGAGAAGAUUUUCUGUUGUCAUGGGGGCCUUUCUCCUGACCUCCAGUCGAUGGAGCAGAUCCGGCGAGUGAUGCGACCCACAGAUGUACCCGACCAGGGCCUGUUGUGCGACCUGCUUUGGGCUGACCCAGACAAAGAUGUAAUGGGCUGGGGCGAGAAUGACCGCGGUGUCUCCUUCACGUUUGGUUCAGAUGUGGUUGCCAAAUUCCUCCACAAACAUGACAUGGACCUCAUCUGCAGGGCCCACCAGGUGGUUGAGGACGGUUAUGAGUUUUUUGCAAAGCGCCAGCUUGUGACAUUGUUUUCAGCCCCAAACUAUUGUGGCGAGUUUGACAACGCAGGCGCCAUGAUGAGUGUGGAUGAGACACUUAUGUGCUCCUUCCAGAUCCUGAAGCCCGCUGACAAGAAGCUGCUGUCGUACAGCGGGGCAGGCGGCUUCGGUUCAGGUCGCCCAGUCACACCUCCAAGAAAUGCCGCUAAGGGAGGCAAAGCCAAGAAAUAGCGACUGCCGCUCCAUCGUACACACGUCCUUCCUCUCCUUUUACUCUACCUCUCCUUUUUCUCCUCCUUUUCUUUUCACCCUGGAACACCUGAGCAGUGUGGGGGACUUUUGUUCUUUUUCUUUCUUUUGUUUCUUUUAGUUGCCUUUCCUGAGGCACGAUUGCUGUGAAUGUUUCAGUUUUUAUUUUUAUUUUAUUUUUUUUAUAAAUUUGACCAACUAUGAGUUCUUGUCGCUGAGGGAAUGCUGGACAGAUCGGCACUCUGAAAUGUGAGGAGGUGUGUGACUGAGUGUGAUUGACGAUGUGAGUGUAUGUGUGGAGUUAGUCUCACUUUUGUGCGAUGUAUGUUUUGCUGGAUGAAUGUGGUGAGAGUUGUAUUAUCCCUUUACCACUUUCUGUAACAAAUUUGAUUAGUGUUCUUGUCAUAAAGCUAUAAUAUUAAUUCUAAUAAUAAAUGUGUAUCCCUCUUCAGGGAUCUUUUAUUGGACCUAAGCGAAGCAUUUCUCUUCAAAGCCUCAGGAUCCAGCUGUUGAUCCCCAGAAUAGGGAAGAGCUGAUUGCACGCACCUUUAGCUCCAAAAGCAAUCUAAGCAGAGUGUGUGGGUUUGUGUGUGCGUGUGUCCGAAACAAGAAGUCUUUUAUCACUGCCACUGUUUAAUGUGAAGUGUGAGUGUAGGGAAAUAAAAACACUAGUCGAUUUCAGUCCUCAUCCUUCGCAAUGAAUUCUUUAGGACUUUGGCACAUACUUUUUGUUUAUUAAAACUGCUUCCCUCUCUCGUCAGCAGGUGUCAUGAUUUUCAGCUGUCUGAUUUUUCUGUGACGGGACGGGAAUGCUGGGAGGUGCUGACUGUAGGAACCUUUAGCUUGAGACCAAGGAGCUCAUGCAGUGGAUCAGACAGAGGAUUAGGCAGGUUGUGAGAGCUUAGCAUGGUGGGCACUGUAUUUGCUGCAUUUGUAGGAAAGAACCAAGCAUUCUCGCAUCUUUUUUUUCUUUCUCUUUUCUUUCCCCUUCCCUUACAGAUGAUGUGAGCAAUUUGGCUUUAGUGUGUACCACUUCUCAGUAAAAGGGACAGUUUAGAAUCAUAUUAUAGUUUUUAUUUUACAUGAUAGGGUUAGGUUUGUACAGCUUAAGUCUCCUUUCUUUCUUUCUUUCUUUUGUAGUCUUUCAUUAACUCUGCCAAUAAACUGAGAAUCUCAGAA